CCCGCCUUUCUUACUUCAUACGAUUGUAAAGCUUUGUAGUUCACUAUUUUAUUUCUCAUAAAUAUUAUAAAUUUUCGCAAAAAUACGUUUUUACGAAAAGAAACAUGAGUAAAGUAAGUCGAAAGCCAUUUUCAGCACCUAAAGGUGUAGUGAAAAAGGCUAAAUUUGAAGAUGAAGAUGAAGAUAAACCCAGUUCAUUUGAAACGGAAUUAGCUACUAUGGAUUAUGGAGAUGAUGAUUUUCUAGAUGAAACAUUACUAAUUGGAGAAGGACCUGAACAAGAAAACACAUCUGCAAAGUGGAGCAGAGCUCCUCCACCACCAUUGAAUCCACAAAUUGAUACAUUAGCAUUUCAGCAAAUAGAAAUUGACCAUUAUAUAGGUAGACCAUUAAUUGGAAUGCCGGGUAGCAAGGUGGGACCUGUGCCCAUAAUGAGAAUGUUUGGUGUAACAGAACUUGGAAAUUCCAUCUGCUGUCACGUACAUGGUUUUUGUCCGUAUCUAUUUGUGUCAGCACCAUCAAAUUUUACUAACAAUCAUUGCAAGCCAUUUAAGGAAGCUUUAAAUCAAGCUGUAAAAAAAGAUAUGAAAUCAAAUCCUGAUAACAUACAAGAAGCCAUUCUAGCAGUUGAACUAGUCUACAAACAAUCAAUGUAUGGAUAUGGAGGAAAGGAUAAUUUACCAUUCUUGAAAAUUACAGUGGCAGUUCCAAAAUUAAUAGCACCUUGCAAAAGAUUAUUAGAACAAGAUACAGUUUAUACUGCGUUUAAUCAUCAUUAUAGAGCUUUUGAAAGUAACAUUGAUUUUGAUAUCAGGUUUAUGGUUGAUACAUCAGUGGUUGGUUGCUCUUGGAUUGAAUUAAAACCAAAAAGCUGGAAAUUACGUGGCCAGUAUGGACAUAUGUUGGAGCUAACUACACGAUGUCAGUUAGAAGUAGAUGUUGCAUGGGAUGCCUUUAUAGCUCACGCACCAGAAGGUGAAUGGUCAAAAUUAGCUCCAUUUAGGAUUCUGAGUUUUGAUAUUGAAUGCGCUGGACGUGAAGGAAUUUUCCCAGAAGCAAAACAUGAUCCGGUAAUACAAAUCGCCAAUAUGGUCAUAAGGCAGGGCGAGUCUGAACCAUUUUUAAGGAAUAUUUUUACUCUUGAUACUUGUGCACCUAUUGUUGGUUCUCAAGUAUUGAGUUUUGACAAAGAAAGUUUAAUGUUGGAGAAAUGGGCUGACUUUGUACGACAAUCAGAUCCUGACAUUUUCACAGGAUAUAACAUAAACAAUUUCGACUUUCCAUACUUAAUUAAUCGCGCGCAACAUCUCAAUGUUAAAAAUUUCAAUUUCCUUGGUCGAAUAAAAAAUAUAAAGUCUGUUAUUAAGGAUCAUGUAUUGCAAAGCAAACAGCUGGGUCGUCGUGAAAACAAAUCAAUCAAUUUUGAAGGAAGAGUUCCAUUUGAUUUAUUACUGGUAUUGGUUCGAGAUUAUAAACUGAGAUCUUAUACUCUAAAUGCUGUAUCGUAUCAUUUCCUUCAAGAACAAAAAGAGGAUGUUCAUCAUAAAGAUAUUACAAGUUUACAAAACGGAAAUGCACAGACACGUCGACGUCUUGCUGUAUAUUGUUUGAAAGAUGCAUAUUUGCCUCUGAGAUUAUUGGACAAAUUAAUGUGUAUAAUUAUUUACAUGGAAAUGGCAAGGGUGACAGGAGUAUCUAUUUCUAGUUUAUUGACCCGCGGCCAACAAAUCAAAGUUGUUUCUCAACUUUUACGCAAGACUCGAGAAAAAGAUUAUUUGAUGCCAGUACAUCAAGGCCACGGUAGUGAUGAGCAGUUUGAAGGAGCUACUGUCAUCGAACCUAAACGUGGCUAUUACAACGAUCCAAUAGCUACUUUAGAUUUCAGUUCUCUGUACCCCAGCAUUAUCAUGGCACACAAUUUAUGUUAUACAACGUUAUUAACUGUUGCUAAAAAGAAAGAGCUCAAUAUUCAAGAGGAUCAAAUUACCACAACUCCCAGUAAUUCAUUAUUCAUUAAAAGUUCUGUAAGAAAAGGAAUUCUACCUGAAAUUUUGGAAAAUUUAUUGGCUGCCAGAAAAAAAGCAAAGGCAGAAUUAAAACAAGAAACGGAUCCGUUGAAGCAAAAAGUACUCGAUGGUAGACAAUAUGCUUUAAAGGUAUCAGCGAAUUCGGUAUAUGGUUUCACAGGUGCACAAAUGGGAAAAUUGCCAUGCUUAGAAAUAUCUGCUAGCGUCACCGCUUAUGGACGAACUAUGAUAGAACAAACGAAGCAAGAAGUAGAGGGACACUUUCGAAUAGACAAUGGAUACAAGAACGAUGCAAUGGUCAUAUACGGCGAUACUGAUUCCGUAAUGGUGAAGUUCGGUGUGAAAUCAAUAGAAGAUGCAAUGAAGUUCGGUAAAGAAGCAGCUGAUUAUGUGACAUCGAAAUUUAUCAAACCUAUAAAAUUGGAAUUUGAGAAAGUGUACUUUCCGUAUCUCUUGAUUAAUAAGAAACGUUAUGCUGGUUUAUAUUUCACGAAACCUGAGAAAUAUGAUAAAAUGGAUUGCAAAGGUCUCGAAACGGUGCGCAGAGAUAACUGUCCAUUAGUCGCGAACAUGAUGAAUACCUGUUUGCAAAUAUUACUCAUCGAAAGGAAUCCACAUGCCGCCGUCGAUUAUGCUAAACAAGUCAUCAGCGAUCUUCUAUGUAAUCGUAUUGAUCUCUCUCAAUUAGUAAUUACGAAAGAAUUGACGAAGACUGAUUACGCGGCGAAGCAAGCGCACGUCGAAUUGGCGGCAAAGAUGAAGAAACGAGAUGCCGGAAAUGCGCCAAAACUUGGCGACAGAGUGGCGUAUGUAUUUACAAGUGCAGCUAAAGGCACUCCAGCAUACCAGAAGGCGGAAGAUCCUGUUUACGCGUUGCAGAAUAGCAUUCCAAUAGACACAACUUAUUAUCUAGAAAAUCAAUUAGCGAAACCUCUCGUACGUAUCUUCGAACCUAUUCUUGGUGAGAAGGCAGAAUCGCUUCUUCUGAAAGGUGAUCAUACGCGCACAAGAUGCAUUGCUACUUCGCAAGUUGGGGCCCUUGCGGCUUUCACACGUAAAAAAGAAACUUGUUUGGGUUGUAAAUCUGUCUUGCCAUCGGACAGAGAAGAUAAGGCAGUGUGUAAGCAUUGUGAAUCUCAAGAGGCUGAAUUGUUUCAUAACGAAUUGCAAGCCCAACAGAAAUUAGAAGAGAAGUUUUCUCGACUUUGGACAGAAUGUCAGAGAUGUCAAGGAAGUCUCCAUCAAGAAGUUAUAUGUUCCAAUCGUGAUUGUCCAAUAUUUUACAUGAGAGUAAAAUCUCGAAUGGAUAUGGCUGCGAAAGCGAAACGAAUCCAAAAAUUUGGUAUCCCAGAAUGGUAAUAAAAAAAUAAUCACUUAUAGUGAAAUUAAAUCAAAAUAUUACUUGGAAAAUGAAACUUAUAUGGAAUAUCUUUGAUGGUGGUAUCAUUUUUAAUAUUGCGACAUUUUCGCAGUAGUCUUAACUUUAUUUUACUUAUGUUGUGUAAUUUUUAUAAAUAGUAAUAUGAUAUAUGAUAUUAUGUUUGUAC